AUGGCGAGGAAACCCGUAGUUUUCAUCACUGGGGCAUCCAAAGGCCUUGGGCUCGCAGUUGCAAAGCUCCUGCUCACUGAAUUCGGAGCAAACGUUGUCGCGUUGUCUCGCACGGAAUCUCCUGAGCUUGCUAAGCUGCGAGAAUCUUGUGGUGGCUCCCUCAUGGUCCUCAGGGGUGAUGUCUCAGAUGCGCACAUCGUAGAAGAGGCCGUCGCUUCGGCGUUGAAAGAAUACGGCCAUCUAGAUUCGUUGAUUCUAAAUGCUGCUAUCGUGGCGCCUCUGGGCAAGAUAGCAUCCGAGGACGUCUCGCUCGACGCGUGGAAGGCGCAUUUCGACGUCAACUUCUUUUCUCUGAUUUCGGCCCUUAGGGCCGCGCUACCAGCUCUGCGCAAGAGUGAGUUGGGUGGCAGAGUGGUAUUCGUGAGCUCGGGGUCUGCGGUCAAGGGCACCGCCUCUAUGGCUCCCUACAAUGCGAGCAAGGCAGCAAUGAACAGCCUAUGCAGAACUCUCGCAGAAGACGAACAAGGCAUCACCUGUGUGGCAGUGCGUCCAGGUACUGUCGAUACUCCAAUGCAGACUCAAUUACGCGAGGAGGGUAGCGCUACGCUAGACAUUAAAGUUUACGAGAUGUUUCUCAAUCUUCAGACAGACAAGAAGCUCAUAAAACCAGAGGAAUCAGGCUAUGUUGUCGCGUCGCUGGCUCUGAAGGUACCGAACUUUCUCAGUGGCAAAUUUGUCAGCUGGGACUCGGAUGAGUGUAAAGAGUUCCGCAGAGAGUAG